AUGGGAUUGCACAUCAGGACGCCAAAAAUAAUGUAAGAACGCACGAGAGAACAGACCCCUCACUCAUAUAAUGUAAGACAUUCAUAAAUCUAAAAAAAGAGAAAUAGCAAACCACCCUUUUUCUUUCACCUUCCGCCACCUCCCUGGUGGUUGGUGACCUCUUCAGUUGCUUGUAUGAUGUUUGUGGUCGUAGAUUGGGAUCAUGAUGAUAACAUCCACCAGGAAAGUAGGAUUAAGGAGAAAAAGUUGGGGCCUAAAAUGGAAAAUAGAUCAGAAAAAUUUUCUGUGGAUUUUCUGAUAGGAGGAACGGCAGCCAUUUUAGCAAAAAGUGCUGCAGCACCAAUUGAGAGAGUAAAGCUUCUGUUGCAAAAUCAGGGAGAAUUAAUGAAGAGGGGUCAACUCAAGAGACCUUAUUUGGGAAUUGGUGAUUGCUUUCGAAGAGUUUUGCGGGAGGAGGGUUUUUUGUCAAUGUGGAGGGGAAACCAGGCCAAUGUUAUAAGAUAUUUCCCAACUCAGGCUUCCAACUUUGCUUUCAAAGGUUACUACAAGAACCUUUUUGGAUAUUCAAAAGAGAAAGAUGGAUAUGUCAAGUGGUUUGCAGGCAAUGUGGCUUCCGGUAGUGCUGCUGGAGCAACUACUUCCAUGUUCCUUUAUCACUUGGACUAUGCAAGGACUCGGCUAGCAAUGGAUGCUCACCAUUGUCCACUUCAUGGUAAACGUCAAUUUAAGGGGCUAAUAGACGUUUACGGUAAGACAUUGUCAAGUGAUGGAAUUGUUGGCCUCUAUCGGGGUUUUGGGGCCUCAAUUAUGGGAAUAACCCUCUACCGAGGCAUGUACUUUGGGAUCUAUGACUCCAUGAAACCAAUUGUUUUAGUUGGACCCUUAAAGGACAAUUUUCCUGCCAGUUUCAUGUUGGGUUGGAGCAUAACCACUUUCUCUGGAGUCUGUGCCUACCCAUUUGACACUGUCCGCAGAAGAAUGAUGCUAACUUCAGGACAAGAAACAAAGUAUAGGAACUCCAUGCAUGCACUCCGCGAAAUAAUACGCGUUGAAGGUUUUGCUGCACUUUUUAGAGGAGUAAGCGCAAACAUGCUUUAUGGUGUGGCAGGGGCUGGAGUACUUGCAGGGUAUGACAAAUUACACCAAAUUGUAUAUAGACCGAGUCUCAUAGAGCCUUCAACAAAUAAGAGCUUUGCAUGAAUACUGUAUAUGUAUACAACACUAAUUUGAUGCAUAUGGAGGGAUGAGUUGUUAACAGAAGCAGUGGCGGCAGCAUUCAUUUCACCAACAAACACAAGAGAACAACAACAUGCAGGAACAAAUGUUGUAGUUCCAUUAAUAUGAAGUUCAUCGCUUGUGCUACUGUAGACUACUCACUUAGAUGCUGUGGACCAUUUGAACAGAAUAAUGAAGUGCAGUGGCAUACACGAUUACACCAUGAAGGAGACUUGGUUGCAUCAGACUAUUGUCUAUACCCUCUUUAACUUUUUUGUUUUGAAGCUUGGAAAGAGUUCCCAUGUGCAUAUACAAGAGAAAACAAGGCAGAAGAAUUGAAACAAGGGCCUCCAUCCUGUAUUUUCUGUACAGUCCAUUCUAAACUUUGUUUCUUCUUCUUUUUUUUUUUUUUCACCCCCAACUCCCGGUGAAAUUAACCAUUGGUACUGUAGGCUUUCUUUUUCUUUAGACAAUUAUGUUGAAAGUGCAAAUAUUAGAUCAAUUCACUUGUAUAAAUACAUCGUUUUCCUUGGCA